AUGACCACCAAAAAGCUCAUAGUCAUCAUCGGUGCAACAGGCGGCCAAGGAGGCUCAGUUGUCAACUCUUUUCUCAACGAUCCAGAAUGGCGUGUUCGUGGUAUCACUCGAAACCCUUCAAGCCAAAAAUCAAAGAACCUUGAGGCCCGCGGUGCCCAGGUAGUCCAAGCCAAUUUGGACGACAGGUCCUCACUAGCCAAAGCCUUCCAAGACGCAAAUGCCAUCUUUGCAGUCAGCGACUUUUGGGGCAUCUACAACGAUCCAAAGAAUAGAAAUAAACCAAGGCAGGGACAAGCUCUCAACGAGUGGACAAAGGGACAAGAAACCCAACAACUCAAGAUUAUCAUCGAUGAAGCUGCCAGAGUAUCAAGUCUAGAACGCUUCAUCAUGUCUUCACUUCCGGGCCCGACGAAAUUAUCGAGAGGAAAGUACACAAAUGUCUGUCAUCACGACUCCAAGGCAGAUGCAGAAGAGUAUGGUGAACAAAACCAGCCAGAGCUUUGGGCUAAGACGAGUGUAUAUCUCCCUGGAUACUUUCUCAGCAACUUCUUGACUCAUCCAAUGGCUCAGCCAACCAAGAAACAGAACGGAAACAUACAAUUCGCAAACAACAUAGAUCUAGAUACCAAAGUUCCUCUGAUAUCACACGACCAAGAUUCUGGUCCGUUCGUCAGAGCCCUAAUUCAAAACCCUCCAGGGAAAAGCGUGGCCGGAUAUCGUGCCUGGAUCACACUACGGGAAUUCGUACAAUUUUUUAGUAAAGUCACGGGGUACAAAACUGAAUUAUUACACAUACCACCCGGAGAAUUCAGCUUUAACUGCAAACAAGAGUUGAGGGCUGAAUUGCAAGACAACUUUGCAUUCGCUAACGAAAUCGGGCUUCAUGGCGGUGAUGAUUCUCCUGCUGUUCAUCCCAACGAGCUAAACCCGCCUCCUCAACUCGGAAGCGUUGAAGAUUGGAUCAGAGAACAAGACUGGUCUAAAGUUUGGGGAUCUUGA